CUCUCUCUGUGUGUGUGUGUGUGUGUGUUUUUUUUGGGUUCCUUUCUUUUUGCCCGAAGAAACGCAGGAGUUGUCAAGCAGCUCGGAUGGAGGAGAUGUCGGGUUUUUAACCAAAAAAAAACCCAUAAGAGGAUGGAUCGUGCUUUCUCCCCAACAGAUCGAGAUGAAGGGGUUCGACCCAGCAACUUCCACCAUGAGCUCGGGGAUUUGAUGAUGAGAAAGAGAAAGUUGUGGGAUUAUUCAUUCCAACUCUCCUGGACUAUGGAUGGUGAACCGUUCACUUCCACUCUGCUGCCGGCGGGAGGAGCAAUGCCCGAGGGGAUGACCCUGGAGCAGAAAACCACCUUCGCUUUUGUUAUCUUACUGUUCAUCGUCCUGGGAAUCCUCAUCGUCAGAUGCUUCAGGAUCCUCCUGGACCCGUACAGGAGCAUGCCCACCUCCACGUGGGCGGAUGGUCUGGAUGGAUUGGAGAAAGGACAGUUCGACUAUGCAUUAGCCUGAAGAGGGGUUUGUGGCAAAAGUCACUGACGAUCAGGAUGUAAGAGAGUCGGGACGACCCCAAUCUGCUCCCAAGAUAUAUGCUUCCUCAGCCAGACGUUGUGCAGACUGUUGGAGGGCUGUGUGAUCUGAUCUUCACAAUGGGACAGGAGGCGAACCCUCUGAGCAAAGAGAGACUCUGCCAUAGCUUACGAUCCGUGGGCAUAAUAUCUCGCUGUUUAACGAGCAAAGUCUUCUUUCAAAUUGCAACGUUGCAUUCCCAACAACUGGAUGUUGCUGUGGCAUUCGUGUUGCACUGCAGUCACAGACAGUAAUGUAUUCUCUUUCAAACGCUUGACACAGUUCUGGCGUUGUGUGUUAGUGAAGUGAAAAUAUCGCUGUAUGACUUAGGUAUAGAUACCUGCCACUGUAUUCUGCAACAAUAAAUAGUAAAUCAAUGGCAAUGUUGAUGCAGUAAAUUGAAAACAAAAAGCCA